AUGAAAUUGCCAAUACCUCCUAUCCGGGCAUUGCGCCCGCUGCACGUGCCAUUUGCCACAUCAUCCUACCUCACAACGCCACAAUUUUAUUCAAGCACAGCUUCAAGUGGUCAUCGUGCUCCCCCGCUGGCUGGCAUUACCGUUGUGAGCUUGGAACAAGCUAUUGCCGCCCCCUUUUGUACACGGCAGUUAGCCGAUCUUGGAGCUCGCGUCAUCAAAGUCGAACGACCAGGUGUCGGGGAUUUUGCUCGUCAAUAUGAUGAUCGUGUCAACGGGAUGUCUUCACAUUUUGUGUGGACAAACCGGUCGAAAGAGAGUUUGGCCCUUGACCUAAAGGACAAGGAAGAUCACGCCGUUUUGAUGAAGCUUUUAGAGCGGGCGGAUGUCCUCGUUCAAAAUUUGGCCCCAGGUGCUAGUGCCCGCUUAGGACUAUCGCAUGAUGCACUCAAGGACAAGCAUCCCUCUUUGAUCGUCUGCGAUAUUUCUGGAUAUGGCCAGGAUGGCCCCUACCGCGAUAAGAAGGCUUAUGAUCUUCUCAUUCAAAGCGAAGCAGGACUGUUAUCUAUUACUGGCACCGCUAGUAAGGAGCCUGUAAAAGUGGCUAUUUCUAUCGCUGAUAUUGCCGCUGGCAUGUACGCAUACACCAAUAUUCUUUCGGCACUCCUGCAGCGUGGAAAAGAUGGCCAAGGCUGUCGUAUCGAUAUCUCUAUGCUAGAGAGCAUGGUCGAGUGGAUGAACUUCCCCCUCUACUAUGCAUUUAAUGGUGCCCCUGGUCCAGUGCCGUCAGGAGCGUCCCAUGCUUCUAUCUAUCCAUACGGCCCAUUUGAAGCUAGUGACGGCCAGGUCAUGCUAGGAAUCCAGAAUGAAAGAGAAUGGACUAAGUUCUGCACUGAUGUCUUACAACAACCCGAUCUGGCUUCAGACUCUCGAUUCUCAAGCAACAAACUCAGGACCAGGAACCGAGAUGCCUUGAAAACUAUAAUCUGCGAUGUUUUCUCCCAGUUAACGGCUUCGGAGACUAUCACACGUCUAGAAGCGGCUUCGAUUGCGAACGCCAACUUAAACGAUAUGCAAGGUGUCUGGAAACACGCACAGCUUCAAGCUCGUGAUCGUUGGGUUGACAUUCAAACUCCUGUUGGCACUGUUCCGGCACUUCUUCCACCAGGCUCGUCAAAGUCAGUGAAGCAGGGCGGUUAUGGAGCUCAAAUGGGUUGUGUUCCAAAAGUUGGCGAACAUAACAGGGCAAUCCUGGCGGAGUUGGGGUUGGCGGAAUAA